AAUAUUCAGCCCGUCGCUGCGUGGGUGGACAGACUGCAGCUAUAAAACCCACGGUUUCCAGUAAAGGUGUGUACUCGCCACAAACCUGAACCUGUAUGCAGCAAAGAGCCUCGGACGAGACCACGGACCAAAUCUGUUCAAAGUCGGCACACAUGCGUAUCAAUCGAAAUGGAGAAUAUUCAAGAGUUCACCCUUUUUGCCAGAGAGAUGCUGAGUCAGAAGCCCAACAAGAGCCUGGUGAAGGUGUACCUGCUGGGCUCUGUUCUGACCGUGCUGGGCACCGCCGUGGCGCUGCUGGAGACCGUGUGCCAGCCCUUCUCCUCCGGGGAGCCCGUUGAUCCAGAGAUGCUGUUCAUGAUGGCUAAGCAGCAGAGUCAGGCCGAGGCCGAAUCGCUGCGCAGCCUGGGAGCCCAGGUCGCAGAGGAGGAGGAGGAGGAGAAGAAGGAGAAGGAGGAGAAGAAGAAGGUUCCCGUUCAGGAGAUCAUGACCGAGACCCUGAUCCUGAAGCCCAAAAAGACUCACGAGCCCGGCCAGCGAAGCGCGGCCAACCGCCUUCAUGCAUCUUAGAACCGGCAGAUACCUGCACUUUGCGACUUGAAGUUUUCAUUGGAGUGUCCUGCGUGUCUGAGGUCAGAGACUGUAGUGGGGCUAAAUCUUCGGUGUCCGAGCACUGUCGUGGUCGGAAACGGACUGUCAGAGUGUUUCUGAAAGCACGCGGACACAUGCACGGCCCUGGACUGGGAAAAAAAAACAAAGAAACAAACAAAAAAAGAACAAAAAACCCCCCAAAGAACGCUUUUCCUCAGGCCCGCCCUGACUGAGGUUAAAUACUUUAUAGGACGCGUGUGAGUCUAUAAAUAGCUUAAAAAAUGUGAAGCUGCAGCCACAGACAGAGUGAGAGAAGAGUGAGAGCGUUACUUCAAAAGGUUACACAUAUUGUCUUUCGUUUGUCACAGUUACUGAGCAAGAAGUGAUGGACAGGUCAAACAAAAACUGAUCCGUUCAAUUCAGUUUCUUCCAUAACAAUUUCACAACUGAACCAGUCCAGAGGUGCUUAAUGGAGAAAGUUCUCAUCAGUGUGAUUUAAAACAGUUGAACUGAUUAGAAAUAUCCAGUCUAGUCUGAUUCAUGAGUGUAUUAUUUAUAUGAUACAACUGGACUACGUGUUGGAGCUCGUUGUUUGGAGGCAGAAGUUCUCGAGUGUCUGCAGGUUUCAGUGUCUGGCUCAGAGAAGCGGCCUGUAGCGCCGCCUGCUGGCCGGAGUCUGAACUGCCACUCCACGUUCACGCCAUAGAGAAGGAAGCUUUGUCUGCUGUGGCGCUACGUGAAAAUACUACUAAAUACUGUAAAUGUCAUGUCAAUGUUGUUAUUGUUUUUCCAUAUAAAGCCAAAAAUAAAACUUGUUUUCUUUAA